CGAAAUCUUGAAAAUUAUAAAUUACAACGAUAUUUUUUACAUGUAAACAGUGGACAAAGUGAAGAGGAUGAUUUUAACAAAAAAUUGUGAAAAUGGCGAUCGAAUUCUUUGAAAAUGGAUUCAAAUGUUGAUGAGAAACAGCAGAGUAAUUCCCCUAUCCAGUCUGAUUCACUAACAAUACAAUACUCCACAAGUGACCUUGAUAGUCCCAUAUCUUCAGACGAAGACAGCAUUAAUCUUGAAAUGAUCAAUGUAAAGUCUAAAGGAGAAGCAUUCUGUGAUUGUCACAAGAAAGGCAAAGAAAAAGAAUGUACAUGUGGAGAAGAAGAUACGUGUUUUGAAUGGACAUGGGAUGAAGAGAGUAAGUCCCAUGCCAGCUUUAUAAAAGAAGGAGACAGAGAGGUUAUGUUUCAUAUAGAUUACAGUGGUGGCACGGCAGCUGUUAGGGGGAAUACAAAGUUACAUAAAGAUCAGUAUUAUUGGGAGAUCAAAAUGACAACACCUGUAUAUGGUACAGAUAUGAUGGUUGGUGUAUGUACAACAGAUAUAGAUUUGAACAAGUGUCGACAUGUGUUCUGUAGUAUGAUUGGUCAGGACUCAGAUUCUUGGGGACUAUCUUACACUGGGCACUUACAACACAAGAAAAAUAAACAAUCAUAUUCAUCCAAGUUUGGUCAGGGAUCUAUAGUGGGGGUACAUUUAGAUAUGUGGCAUGGAACAUUGUCUUUCUACAAGAAUAGAAAACCUUUAGGUAUUGCCUACACAGGGUUGCAAGGAAAAAUUCUGUAUCCAGUGGUUUCAUCAACAGCAGCCAGAAGUGGAAUGAAAAUUAUAAGAUGUUGUUCAUUUCCAACUUCAUUGCAAUUUAUGUGUUGUCAAGUUUUGAGGAAAGUAAUUCCGUCUCAUUUAGAUGUUUUAACUGCUGUAGAAUUACCACCUGGACUUAAAGACUUCUUGAAGAAUAAUGUUCAAUGGUUGUUACAACCAUUCCCAUCAUCAGCAGCAGGGCCAUUGAAAUCCAGUAAACGGACUCAUUCUGAAGAGGAUGCAGAUGGAGCUGGUCCUAGUAAAAGAAUUAAAUAUAAAUUGUUGAAAGAAGACAAAUGAUAUUAAGUAGUUCUAGUAAAAGUUGUUAUUUUUAAAUAUUUUAGACCCCUUUUGUCUUUCUAUGGGGUAAACUUCAAAGCUUUUUUAUUUAAGUUUUGAUAGUUGUCAGUUUUCUUUUAUAGUAGAAGAGGUUUUUAUUUCCAUUUCAUUAUAGACAAUAAGUGUAUGGUUAUUCAACAUGGUUGAAUGCCCAUCUGACUUCUUUCCAUAAAUUCAAUUUUUCACUCAAUGUAUAAUAUUUGUUACUGUUAUCUAGAUCAAAUGUUGCAAGUACUAGUUGUCCAAAUUCUGAUUGAUGAAAUCAUGUUGUAAGUAAAUAAGGGACCAAAAGACACAGACUAUUGAUAUGAUUUCUUGUUAACAUUGUCCCAUGUAUACAAACUUUGGUCAAAUAUUAUAGUAAUAAAUGUUAUUAUGAAUGAGUUUA